GACGUCACGCGGCGUGACGCGAGGCUGGUGAACUCUGGACGCGAGAGACGAGUCGAGUCGUGCGAGAGCGCGUCGAAUUUUUUCACUCGAUCCGGAUCGAAACGCGAUAAAUGACGCGAGGCGGCCGUCGGCGUGCUCGCGUUUAACGACGCCCCUGUUACCAGGUUGAAGUGUCAAUCACUCUGAAGCCCCGCCCAUCAUGACGGAGGUCAGCGUGGUGAAGGAAGGAUGGCUUUAUAAACGAGGUGAGUACAUAAAGACAUGGAGGCCGAGAUACUUCAUCCUGAAGAGCGAUGGAUCCUUCAUGGGUUACAAGGAGAAGCCGGAGCUGAUGGAUCAGAGCUCAGCUCCUCUCAAUAACUUCUCUGUGGAAGAGUGUCAGCUGAUGAAGACCGAGCGUCCACGACCCAACACCUUCAUGAUCCGCUGUCUGCAGUGGACGAGCGUCAUCGAGAGGACCUUUCACGUGGAGAGCAGUGAGGAGAGGGACGAGUGGAUGCGAGCGAUCCAGGCCGUGGCCAAUGGGCUGCAGGCGCGGGACGCAGACGAGCCAAUGGAGAUCAAGUUCAGCUCUCCCGGGGACUUCAGCGCUCUGGAGGACAUGGAGGUGUCUCUGUCCAAGUCCAGCUCCAGAGUGACGAUGAAUGACUUUGAUUACCUGAAGCUGCUGGGUAAAGGCACGUUUGGGAAGGUGAUUCUGGUUCGAGAGAAAGCCUCAGGGAUGUACUACGCCAUGAAGAUCCUGCGGAAGGAAGUCAUCAUCGCUAAGGAUGAAGUGGCACAUACAGUUACAGAGAGUCGAGUGCUGCAGAACACCAGACAUCCUUUCCUCACGACUCUUAAAUACGCCUUCCAGACUCCUGACCGGCUGUGUUUUGUGAUGGAGUAUGCUAACGGAGGAGAGCUCUUCUUCCAUCUCUCCCGUGAGCGGGUCUUCUCUGAGGACAGAGCCCGGUUCUAUGGUGCUGAGAUCGUCUCUGCUCUCGACUAUCUUCACUCUCAGAACGUCGUCUACAGGGACCUGAAGCUGGAGAACCUCAUGCUGGAUAAAGACGGACAUAUUAAGAUCACAGACUUCGGUCUCUGUAAGGAGGGGAUCACCGACGAGGCCACCAUGAGAACGUUCUGUGGAACCCCAGAAUACCUUGCUCCAGAGGUGCUGGAGGACAACGACUACGGCCGAGCGGUGGACUGGUGGGGUCUGGGGGUGGUCAUGUAUGAGAUGAUGUGUGGACGCCUGCCCUUCUACAACCAGGACCACGAGCGGCUCUUCGAGCUCAUCGUGAUGGAGGAGAUCCGCUUCCCCAAGAACCUCUCGCCCGAAGCCAAAGCCCUGCUGACCGGCCUGCUGAGAAAAGACCCCAAGCAGAGGCUGGGGGGCGGAGCCGAAGACGCCAGAGAAGUGAUGGGGCACAAGUUCUUCUUCUGCGUUCACUGGGAGGACGUGCUGCAGAAAAAGCUGGUGCCUCUCUUUAAACCUCAGGUGACGUCGGAGACGGACACGCGCUACUUCGACGACGAGUUCACGGCACAGAGCAUCACUGUGACUCCACCGGACAAGCGUAAGAUAAAAACACCUCUCACGUGGAGCGAGCCGCCGGGACGUGGAGGACUCUGGGCCGGUCGCUCACUUUCCUCAGUUCUCUUACUCCGCCAGCGUACGAGAGUGACUCCGUCCCAUAAUGCAUCUGGAUGGACUGAAGUCACGCGUGUCUCAGAUGAAUGUAUUGAUUAGCGGUGCUCAGAAUGUAAAGCCAGGCACGCUGCUGUGGUUCCUCUUAAUCACCGGAGGAAGACGAGCAGCGCGUCAUUUUAAGUCCGUUUCUGUCACGAGGUCACAGACAAACACUAAGUGUCACGAUCACAAUCACAAACAUUAAAGACUUUCAUCCUGUCCCUCA